AUGGCAGGAAAUCAGACCAUGAUCACAGAGUUCAUUCUCCUGGGAUUUCCCCUUGGACCAAGGACUCAAGUGUUCUUCUUUGGGCUCUUCUUGCUGUUCUACACCCUCACCCUGCUAGGGAAUGGGGUCAUUCUUGGACUCAUCUGGCUGGACUCCAGACUGCAUACCCCCAUGUACUUCUUCCUUUCACACUUGGCCAUUGUCGACAUCACGUAUGCCUGCAACACAGUGCCCCAGAUGCUGGUGAACCUCCUGAAUCCAGCCAGGCCCAUCUCCUUUGCUGGCUGCCUAACACAAACCUUUCUCUUUUUGACUUUUGCUCACACUGAAUGUCUCCUUCUGGUGGUGAUGUCCUAUGAUCGGUAUGUGGCCAUCUGCUGCCCCCUCCGAUAUUCUGCCAUCAUCAGCUGGAGAGUGUGCAUCACCCUGGCUGUGACUUCCUGGAUGUUAGGAGUCUUUUUGGCUCUUGUACAUCUGGUGUUACUUCUACCAUUGCCCUUCUGUGGACCGCAGAAAGUUAAUCACUUUUUCUGUGAAAUUCUAGCUGUUCUCAAACUUGCUUGUGCAGAUACCCACAUCAAUGAGGUCAUUGUUUUGCUGGGGGCAGUCUCUGUGCUGGUGGGACCCUUUUCUGCAACUGUACUAUCUUACAUUCAUAUUCUGUGGGCCAUCAUAAAGAUCCAGUCAGGGGAGGGGAGACAGAAAGCCUUUUCCACCUGCUCCUCCCACCUCAGCGUGGUUGGGCUUUUCUAUGGCACAGCCAUUGUUAUGUAUGUUGGGCCCCAACAUGGGAAUGCAAAGGAGCAAAAGAAGUACCUGCUGCUAUUCCACAGCCUCUUCAACCCCAUGCUCAACCCCAUGAUCUAUAGUCUACGGAAUAAAGAAGUCAAAGUUGCACUAAAGAGGAUGCUUGGAAAUUAG